AUGCGCUCAUUAACCCUUCUUCUACUCGUCGCGAGUGGCCUCGCCUUGAAAUUCGACGAUUGCGAGCAACAACCGAAAGCGCUCAAUCAGGUGCGGCGAGUCGGCCCGAAGCUCUACUCGCACAAACUCGACUUUUACCACCAAAAAUCGCUUCCCUACAAUGCGAUCCACGCGUUCACCGACGUCUUCUUGCAUAUCAACUUGACAGACGCCGAUCAGUAUCAAUUUUAUCAGGGAACAAACUGCACCACCGUCCAACAACUUUAUGAUAACGACAAUCGUUACUUUGGGCUUUUGAGAAAAGCCGCACUUUUGCGAUCCCAUCAGCUGUCGCCGUUCAACGACACAAUAAUUGGAGUGUCUACGGCGGAACCGUAUGAAAUAUCGGUGCUAAUUUGGAAAGUAAACUACAUUCGAGUCGGUGUCUACGUGGGAGCCAUUUUGCUGUUCUUGUUGGCGAGCAAGUUGGUGCGAAAUGUACUCUUCUACUACACCAGUGGAUGCUCGUUCGGUCUGUUGGCGUCGCUGUUGCUAGUGGCGUUUAUUGUGUGGAGAGUUGCGCCGAAGAAAACGCUCGGAGUCCCGAUUCUCAUCGGUGGAUGGUCCGUUUCGCUCUACAUGCUCCACUUCGCAUGGACCAAUCUGCAAAGCAUUAUGCUUGAAUACCAAAAGUAUGUCAUUGGAUACUUCGCCACUGUUCUGCUGGUUUCGAUGGCCUACUGCUAUAAGAGAGGCCCUCCGACGGAUGCCAGAUCCCACGACAUCGCUCAAUGGACACUUCAACUCGUCGCACUCGCUUUGAUCUACUUCUCGGUGCAAGUGGUUGAAGUGUCGACUGGAACGAUCGGAGCGCUUAUCGUCCAACAGAUAUGCCGAAACUUCUUGUUCUCUGGAUUCCAUUGGUUUGGAGUUGGGCUCGGCUCGCUUUGGAGGAAGAUGUUCCCGUCGAAACGACGACUUUUGAAUGAGGAGGAGUACGAUGAGAUUGGGCAGAAAACGACGAAAGAGCAGUUGGCACAGCUUAGGGAGUACUGUAAGCAAGAGAACUCGCGGCCAUGGAAAAUUGCCGGAAACGUUAGAAGUGCUAGACGACUCGCGCGAUUCAUCGAAGGAGAGGAUGAUCACAUAACGGAGGACGAGAUUUACGCACACGAGAUGACCGGAGACGUUCUCGAUCGUGAGGAUUACGACGAUGACUUCGGAGGUGUGCGAUACGAGGAUUAUGACAUGGAGACACCGAACGGAUCACAUUAUGAGCUGGAGGAAGAUGAGCAGGACGAUGAGCAAGAAUGGGAUGAAGUCGUUGUGAAGAGACGAGGAUCAGGAUACGGACGACAAUCCGUCCAAUCAAUUCGUGUUCCACGUAGCAUCUCCUCCCGCCUCCUCUCUCCUUAUCAGCACCAGAUGAAUCGCUCAAUGGGACCCGCAGUGGGCUACAGAAGAACGUCUGAAGCCGCCCAGCACCGCCAGAACGGUUACUCGGAACAUCGUCCACGUGCGCCACGUACAGAACAGAUCUACAGAAGCCGACGCGUGGAAUACGACGUGAUGAGUGGACGUGUUGAACCGCCACGUUUUGCCACGUCAUCAUCUGGGUCGGCGACAACGACGUCGUCGAUUACAGGAGGUCUGACGCCGAGCGAGUACAUGCGACGUGCCAGAAAAAUCGAUUCGGCAUCGAAAACGCCGACUAGAAGAGCGAAGAACUCGACAGACAGUCGAAAUCGUACGGAUUCAGAGGAAGCUGACGAAUAG